AUGCUUCAAAUGCCACAAGAUGGGGCAUUUUCGCAUUCGAAUCUUACUCAUAUAAAGGCAAGCAGAAGAAGAAACAACAAAGCAACGUAUCUAGCUCAAGAGGAUUCUGACUUAGAACCGUUGACGCUGAUGGUAACAACAACAACUAAUAGUUCACCUUCUUUGAUCAAAUCUUGGUAUUUGGAUUCGUGGUGCUCGAAUCACAUGACAUGCAACAAGGAGUGGCUGAUCAGAUUAGAUGAAUCAAAGAAAAGUAUGGUCAGAUUCCUAGAUGACAGCACACUUCAGGUAGAAGGAAUGGGAAAUGUUGUUAUACGGAGAAAAGACGGCUCACAUGCUAUCAUAGAAGAUGUUUUGCUAGUGCCAGGGAUGAAAUGCAACCUGCUAAGUCUUGGAUAG